UCUCAGGAAACGUGCUCUUCCGUUUUUGAGUCUGCUCAAGCAAGACAUUUUCCAUUUCCAGACCAGGCUCAUACUCAGCCACCUGUGUUUGAAGAGGUGUUGCUACACUGGUGCAUGGGUUUGUUCAUAAAAAAAUGAAUCUAUUUAUAGCCCCCUUAUCGACGAACAAACAAAGCGCAACUGCGGCACCAUCCAACCAGCGGUGCAGACGGAGGAGGAGGCUUAUUGCUUUCAGUUUCUUGCAAAGGAGGCGAGGAAGUGAUUUUAAGUUGAGGGCCGGGUUGCUUAUGUUGUGAAAAAGUUCAGCUGCGGGGGGUUUUGGCCUUUGACGAGGAGCUGAUGGAGUUUUCUGAGCACAUCAAGACCGCCAAUGUGGAGGAUGUAGUUCUCCGACAGCCCUUACACCCGCAGAGAAAAGGCACCCUGUGCAUCACCGGCCACCACCUCCUCUUCUCGGGCAGGGAGGAGGGCAGCUCUCAGCAGGUUUUACUGCUCCUCAGGAACAUCGAUGCCAUUGAGAAAAGCGUGGAAAACCUUUUGGGCUAUUCCGGUCUCUUCUCUAAUGCAGGCCACAGAGAAAGGAUAUCUGGAUCCUCAGGGACGAUUACCAUCAAGUGUAAAGAUUUACGUGUGCUCCAGCUCGACAUUCCAGGCAUGGAGCAGUGUCUCAACAUUGCACACUCUAUCGAGACCCUGUCCUGUCUGGACUGUGUGUCGGAGAUGUAUCCUUUCUUUCACAGACCUUCUGAUCUCAGCCUGCAGGACCCGUGGGGUCUCUCAUCCCCUGAAAGGCACUACAGUGAAAUGAAAGAGCUGCAUGAUAGGUGGAGAUUAAGUAGUGUGAACAGAAAAUACUCAGUCUGUCCCACCUACCCCCCAGCUGUCGUCGUUCCCAAGGAUAUUACUGAUGACAUGCUGAUGAAAGUGGCCAAAUUCAGACAGGGAGGACGCUUCCCUGUUCUCUGCUACCACCACAGGAAGAAUGGCAUGGUAAUCAUGCGCAGCGGUCAGCCGCUGACAGGAGCCAAUAGGAAGCGCUGCAGGGAAGACGAGCUCCUCCUCCAGGCUGUGAUUGAUGGCUCAGACAAAGGUUACAUUAUUGACACCCGCUCCAGUCAGCAGGCUCAGCAGGCCCGGAUGACAGGUGGAGGGUUCGAGUCCAAGUCAUGCUACAGCCACUGGAAGAGGCUGCACAGACAGAUGGAAAGGGGUAAAGCACUCCAGGAGAGUCUAAUUAAGCUGGUGGAGGCCUGUGGUGACGAGUCCAAUAACAUGGACCGUUGGCUUAGUAAGCUUGAGAAUUCAAAAUGGCUAUCACACGUCCAAACUGCUCUGUCAACUGCUGGCCUGCUGGCAGAGUGUGUGGAGAGGGACGGUCACUCAGUUCUGGUUCAUGGUUCUGAAGGGACAGAUUCCACUUUGCUCAUCAGCACUCUGGCUCAGCUCAUCAUGGACCCAAGCUGCCGCACAAUGGAGGGCUUCCUGGCUCUGCUGGAGAGGGAGUGGAUACAGGCAGGACACCCGUUCCAGCAGCGCUGUGUCCGCUCAGCCUACUCCCACGCUCGCCUCCUGCAGGAGUCCCCGGUCUUCCUGCUGCUGCUGGACUGCGUGUGGCAGCUGUGGCGUCAGUUUCCUCUGGCGCUGGGCUUCUCUGAGGCGCUGCUCCUGAGGCUGGCGACUGAGGCCUACUCCUCCGACUAUGGCACCUUCCUCGGUAACAGCGAUCAGGAGAGGUGUUCUCUAGGAGUGAAGGAGAAGACUCACUGUUUGUUCCGGGCUCUGCUGAGGCCCAAAGAGAGAGAGCAGUACUCCAACCCCCUGUACGAGCACACUGAGCUGGCAAUAUGGCCAUCAGUCCACCCUCAGUCCUUGCAGCUUUGGAGAGGCUUUUUUCUGAGGUGGACCCCUCAGGCUCGUCACCUGGAAGAAGCUCAGGAGGAAAUCAGAAACAUGAUCACUGAGUGGGGGAAGCUGGCGGUCAGCUGAUCACCCUUCCAAUAUGUAUGAAUAUGUGGCAGAAUGUUACAGAGUGCAAUGUCACUGACUGUGGAAAUGUUUUUCAUAAUUCAUAACAACCUGCUGUUUUAAUGUAGAGUAUUUUUUAUUCUUUCAUAAAAAUGGUAUUUGAAAAAAAAAUGUGUUGGUGUCAUUU